AUGGAGAAUAGUUUAUUGAACAAAACCUUUUCAUUUGAGCUACAAAUUGCCAGCUUUGACAUUCCCUCCUCGGCUGUGAACCCUAUUUUCAUUACAGGCAUUUUGGUUUACUUCUUCUCUGUUCUUUCAAAUGUGACAAUCCUGGUGCUGAUUGCUUCUAAGAGGAGUCUCCACCAACCCAUGUUUUACAUCCUUUUCAGCCUGCCACUGAAUGAUCUUAUUGGAAUUACUGCAAUGCUUCCUCGUGUGCUAGUGGACAUUCUGAUCAUGAAGCACACUGUGAAUUACCCGCUUUGUGUCCUUCAGGGAUUUUUACUCCAUAUGUAUGGUGGUGGAAUCCCUUUCAUACUGGCAGCAAUGGCAUUUGAUCGGUAUAUUGCUAUAUGCAAGCCACUGAGAUACAAUGCAAUUAUGACCCCGCUUGCUGUAGUUGGCAUUAUAUCAUUAGCUUGGGGGGUUGAUUUUGCCUUAAUUCUAGUCCUUUUUCUGCUUCAGGCCAGAGUAAGGAAGUGCAGAAGUUUUAUUAUAAAUGUUUUUUGUGAUAAUUUCUCAUUGCUUAGCCUGUCCUGUGGAGAUGACCUUACAAUUAAUAAUGUUUAUGGAUUAGCUAUAACAGCUUUUAUGCAUGUCACCACUGUAACAAUACAGUUGUUCUCAUACAUCCAAAUCCUUGUUACGUGUCUCAUGAACAAACAAUCAGAUGCCAAAUCAAAGGCAGUGAACACCUGCUUAGCACAGAUAAUUGCAUUUUUUCUUUUUGAGAUUGUUGCUUUGUUCACAAUAAUGUCCUAUCGAUUUCCAAACAUAUCCUCAAAUGCAAGAAAUGCCUGUGGAAUGAUGAUAUUUCUGAUUCUGCCUGUUCUCAACCCUAUUAUCUAUGGAAUGAAAACUAAAGCUAUCAGAACCACAUUCCUUCGGGUUUUGAAAAAAAGAAAAAUU